CGCACAAGCAAAACCUUGGAAGAUUGUGGCACCCUGCCGAUACAAACGGACAGCACAAUGGCCAGUGACAAACCAGUGAAGAACGCAUCCGGAAGAUACGACAAUGUCGAUUUCCGGAAAGCAGUAGGGUACCAAUACCCUCCCAUCAAAUGCAGCUAUAACCGACGAGAUGUCCUGCUAUUCGCCAACGCCAUCGGCGUCCAACAAGACGAGCGCCACUUCCUGUACGAGCUGCACCCCAAGUUCGCCGCCUUCCCGACCUUCCCCAUCAACCUCGCCUUCAAGCAGACGGACCAGGACGUCUUCGACUUCAUCGCCCGCACCACCAGCGCCGACGUUCCCGGCGUCCCACCCUUCGACGCCCAGCGCUCCGUCGACGGCGAGCGCGGCAUCGAGAUCGUCAGCCCGCUGCCGCCCAGCUCGGCGGGGCUGGACCUCGAGAUCCGCAACCGCGUCGUCGGCGUGUACGACAAGGGCGGCGCCAUGAUCCUCGAGGCGGAGCAGGAGCUCGUCGACGCCGCGACGGGAAAGGUCUACUGCAGGAUGAGCUCGGUGGCGUUCGGCAUCGGGCAGGGCGGUUACGGCGGGCCGAGGGGCCCGACUAAGCCCGUUACGAGGCUGCCGGACCGGAGGCCUGAUGCCGUCCAUGUGUUUAAGACGACCCCUGAGAUGGCGCUGCUGUAUCGGCUGUGUGGAGAUUAUAACCCAAUGCACGGUGAUGAGGCGUUCGGAAAGAGGGCCGGGUUCAAGGGGUCGAUCCUCCAUGGUUUGGGGACUUGGAAUAUCUCGGCGAGGGGGCUGCUGCGGGAGCUGGGGAAUUCGGAUCCUACAAGGCUCAAGGCGUUUGGCGCCAGGUUCAAGAGCGUGGUCUAUCCCGGCGAUGAGCUGGAGACAAGGAUGUGGGUGGUCGGCUCUGAGAAUGGUUACGACAACAUUGCCUUUGAGACGGUCGUCAAGGGAGACGGCAGGGUGGCAUUGUCGAAUGGGUAUGCUAAGAUCAAGCAAGAAGGAAGCAGGCUGUAGAUGUAGAUAUUGAAUGUAGACUUUGAGAGAGUAGAUAUAUCAAAAAUCCAACUUCAACUUAUAGACAAGAUCGUGGUUCAAGAUAUAUCAAGUAUUUACAAAAGAGUUCAAGCAGAUCUAUAAGCAGCUGUGAGGCAAGACAUCUAGAGAGUCGACCACGGGCGAAAAAAAAAGGUACAGAAAAAGGGGGGAAAAAAAAGUGACGCCAACGCCGCUCGAACAAAAGAGUUCGGACUCGGUGUCGAGUGUCCUAAUCUCU